AUGUCGUACAACCAAACACCGCACCAUCUCGCUGGUGCACCCAACCCGUUCGCCUCGACCGGUCACGCCGGAGGUGGUGGAGGUGGUGCGACGGGGCCACGCUAUGCAGCGCCGGGUGACCGCGACCCAUACGAGAUGGGCGGCGACGCCAGCAGCGGCAGCGAGGAGUACCACCGACGCGUCGGAGACCCAUACGGGGCAGGCUCGGCAGAGGACGAGCAUCGUGCAGGUCAGUACACGUCUUCGCCUUUCUUGUUUCGAUCUUGCCUCCUUUUCGCACUCGGUGUCUCGCUCGACGGCACCUGCCGAUCGAUGGACGCCAGGGUGUGCUCACGCGCUGGCUCAUCGUCUCUCGAUGAUGAUCGUGACGAGCCCCGGGCCGAGCUCUCUGUGACUUGCUCGCGCGCGAAUGUUUGGCGCGGCAACCGCGCGGCUCGGCUCAGCCAACGCUACGGGUGCGGUGCACCUCAACUUUGAUCGGGGCCGGCCCUGACCCAACUGCCAAGACCCGCGCUGGCAGCCGAGGGCACAGCGCAUGUUGGGCUGCAUUGAAGGCAAAGUCCGAAGAGUCAUGUCGGGUUUUUGUGUUCGAGGAUGAACAAAAUCGUCUCAAACAUGGGCUCGAUGCGUAGUCACGGCGCAUCGAACAGAGCGCACCCGUACUGACUGACACCUCGCCCCCUGUGAACGCGCACGCUCCUUGGCUCGGCCUUAUCGUUUCACCUCCUUUCCACGACCAUGACGCCGCCUUCUGUCUUUAUCUCCGCGCUUUCGCUACUCCUAACAGGAUCGGCAGAGUACUACAACGACAAGAUACCAUUCGCACACACCCCGAUGACCGACGAUGGAGGAAGAGGGGGGCCGCAGUCGCAUCCGCAAGGCCCCUUCCAGGGUCCGUACGACCGAUCCGGCGCUGACUCACCCGCCAGUUUUACCGACUACGACUCGUCGUCGGCCCACCAUGGUCCCUGGUCUCGUCACCGCGAGCCUUACCCAGCGUGGUCGAACGAGCAAAAGAUCCCGCUGUCCAAGGAGGAGAUUGAAGAUGUCUUCAUCGACCUCACCAACAAGUUCGGCUUCCAGCGCGACUCGAUGCGCAACAUGUACGACCACCUCAUGAUCCAGCUCGAUUCGCGAGCGUCGCGUAUGUCGCCGAACCAAGCGCUGCUGACGCUGCACGCUGACUACAUCGGAGGCGAGCACGCCAACUACCGCAAGUGGUACUUUGCAGCGCAGCUCGACCUUGAUGACGCGAUCGGUCAAGCGAACGCUCACGGACCCGUUGGUCGUUUGGCACGACGAGCGAGCCGCAAGGCUGGGGUGAGCAAAGGACCCGCAACACCACCGUCGGUCAAGACGCUGGACUCGGCACAGACACGAUGGCGCACCGCGAUGGUGCAAAUGUCGAGUUAUGAUCGUGUGCGCCAGCUCGCGCUCUACCUCCUCUGCUGGGGUGAAGCCGCGCAGGUGCGUUUCGUACCCGAAUGCCUGUGCUUCAUCUUUAAGUGCGCGGACGACUACUAUCGAUCACCAGAGUGCCAGAACCGCUCCGAGCCGGUACCGGAAGGUCUGUACCUCCGCGCGGUCGUCCGCCCCUUGUACCGCUUUAUCCGAGACCAGGGCUACGAGGUCAUCAAUGGCGCGUUCUUGCGAAGAGAAAAGGACCACGAGGACAUCAUCGGAUACGACGACGUCAACCAGCUCUUCUGGUACCCCGAAGGUAUCGCUCGCAUCGUCCUCAACGACCGCACGUGCCUCGUCGACGUACCGGCCUCGCAACGAUUCAUGAAGUUUGACAAGAUCGACUGGGGCCGCGCGUUCAUUAAGACCUACUACGAGCGACGAUCGUUCCUGCAUCUGCUUGUCAACUUCAACCGCAUCUGGGUCCUUCACAUCUCGGUCUUUUGGUUCUACACGGCCUCAACAGCCACUAAGAUCUACGCCCCUGCGGGCGCGAAUGACGCUUAUCCGGCGAUGCGCUGGAGUGUCACCGCGCUCGGCGGUGGUGUCGCGUCGUUGAUCAUGAUGGCCGCUACCCUGGCUGAAUUGAGCUACGUCCCCACCACCUGGAACAAUACGUCGCACCUCGUCACUCGCUUCCUCUUCCUCUGCGUGUGCCUCGGUAUUACGUCCGGCCCGACCAUCUAUAUUGCCUUCUUUGAUCAGACGUCGCAAACGUCCAAGAUUAUCGGUAUGGUCCAAUUCGCGCUCUCGCUGAUCUGCGUCAUCGUCUUUGCCAUCGUGCCUUCGGGUCGCCUGUUCGGUGAUCGCGUAGCCGGCAAGAACCGCAAGUACCUCGCCAAUCAAACCUUCACCGCCUCGUACCCCAAACUGUCGCGACAGGCUCGAUUGACCAGUAUCGCCCUUUGGGUCCUCGUCUUUGGCUGCAAGCUCACCGAAUCCUACUUCUUCUUAACGCUCUCGUUCGAGAAUCCGGUUCGCGUACUUGUCGGGAUGAAGGUGCAACUGUGCUCGGACAAACUCUUUGGCAGCGCGCUGUGCCGCAACCAGCCUGCCUUUGCUUUGGCAAUCAUGUUCUGCAUGGAUCUUUGUCUCUUCUUUCUCGACACAUUUCUGUGGUAUGUCAUCUGGAACACUGGUGAGUCACGUCUUCCUCCGUUGUCCCAUUAUUACGAAUUGGCGCUGACGUGUUAUGAUGCCUCAACUCAGUAUUCUCGGUUGCUCGCUCUUUCCAUCUCGGCCUCUCGAUCUGGACCCCGUGGAAGGACAUCUUCGAGCGCUUGCCCAAGCGUAUCUACUCGAAAGUGCUCGCAACGUCCGAGAUGGAAGUCAAGUAUAAACCCAAGGUGCUCGUCUCGCAAAUCUGGAACGCCAUCGUCAUCUCGAUGUACCGUGAACAUCUUUUGUCGAUCGACCACGUUCAGCGAUUGCUCUACCACCAGGUGCCCUCUGAGGUCGACGGCAAGCGUGUUCUGCGCGCGCCUCUCUUCUUUAUCUCGCAAGAUGGCUCGGGCGUCAAGUCCCAAUUCUUCCCCGCUGGCUCUGAAGCCGCGCGUCGAAUCUCGUUUUUCGCGCAGUCCUUGUCGACCGCGAUACCCCAACCUCUCGGGGUAGAUACUAUGCCAACCUUCACCGUUCUGACACCCCACUACUCGGAAAAGAUUUUGCUGUCGCUGCGAGAGAUCAUUCGUGAGGAGGACCAAAACACGCGCGUCACAUUGCUCGAAUACCUCAAGCAACUGCACCCGAUCGAGUGGGACAAUUUUGUACGCGACACCAAGAUCUUAGCCGAGGAAUCUGCCGACAUGGACGUCGCGGACGAGAAGUCGGACAAAAAGACCGACGACAUCCCAUUCUACACCAUUGGCUUCAAGAGUGCAGCACCGGAAUACACGCUCCGCACCCGGAUCUGGGCAUCGCUGCGAGCGCAGACGCUCUACCGCACCGUUUCGGGCUUCAUGAAUUACAACAAGGCCAUCAAGCUCCUCUACCGUGUCGAGAACCCCGACGUCGUCCAGGUCCUCGGCGGCAACACCGAGCGACUCGAGCGCGAACUCGAGCGCAUGGCUAGACGCAAGUUCCGCUUCGUCGUCUCGAUGCAGCGCUACUCCAAGUUCUCCAAGGAGGAGCUUGAGAACACCGAGUUCUUGCUGCGUGCGUACCCCGACCUGCAGAUUGCCUACCUCGACGAAGAACGCCCGCGCAAGGAAGGUGGCGAGCCCCGCAUCUUCUCUUCGCUCAUCGAUGGCCACUCCGAGAUCCUCCCCGAUGGCAAGCGUCGACCCAAGUUUCGCAUCGAGCUACCAGGAAAUCCUAUACUUGGUGACGGCAAAUCAGAUAAUCAAAAUCACGCCAUCGUUUUCUACCGCGGCGAGUACCUGCAACUUAUCGAUGCGAAUCAGGACAACUACCUCGAAGAGUGCCUGAAGGUGCGCAACAUCCUCGGCGAAUUCGAGGACUACCACAUCUCGUCGCGCAACCCGUACACCGCCGAGGGGGCCGAGGACUUUGCGGACGACCCGGUCGCGAUCGUUGGAGCUCGCGAAUACAUCUUCUCCGAGAACAUCGGUAUCCUCGGUGAUGUUGCGGCCGGUAAGGAACAGACGUUCGGUACGCUCGCGGCACGGUCAAUGGCCUACAUCGGCGGAAAGCUCCACUACGGGCAUCCCGAUUUCCUCAACGCCAUCUUCAUGACCACGCGAGGUGGUGUCUCGAAGGCGCAGAAAGGUCUGCACCUGAACGAGGAUAUUUACGCCGGUAUGACCGCGUUUGGUCGAGGUGGUCGCAUCAAGCACACUGAGUACUACCAAUGCGGUAAAGGUCGAGAUCUCGGGUUUGGAACAAUUCUCAAUUUCCAGACCAAGAUUGGGAGUGGUAUGGGCGAGCAGAUGCUUUCGCGCGAGUACUACUACCUCGGCACGCAAUUGCCCAUGGAUCGCUUCUUGACGUUCUACUACGGUCAUCCUGGUACGCGUCUUCUGAUUUCUCUGGCUGUUGGAGGUGCGUAUUUAACGAGCCGAAUUGUAUGCUGCUCCCACCAGGUUUCCACAUCAACAAUAUCCUCGUUAUCCUUUCGGUCCAGCUCUUCAUGUUCGCGCUCGUAUUCCUGGGCACCAUGAACAAGCAGCUCACGGUCUGUCAGUACAACGCGGCCGGUCAAUUCAUCUCCGAUGCGGGCUGCUACAACAUCGUGCCCACGUUCGACUGGAUCAAGCGCUGCGUCAUCUCCAUCUUCAUUGUGUUCUUCAUCGGUGAGCCCGAUUCCCCGGCUUUUGGAACUCUCUUGACCACCCGCUGAUACCUUUUAUCCUGCUCUGUCCCUAGCUUUCCUACCCCUGUUCCUCCAAGAGUUAACCGGUCACGGUGUCCUUGCGGCUAUCACUCGUCUCGGCAAACAGUUCAUCUCACUGUCACCCGUCUUCGAGGUGUUCGGCACGCAGAUUUCGUCGCACUCGAUCCUCAGCAACUUGACGUACGGUGGUGCUCGCUACAUUGCCACGGGUCGCGGCUUUGCGACAACACGCGUGUCUUUCGCCAUUCUUUACUCGCGUUUUGCAGGACCUAGUGUCUACCUUGGACUGCGCACGCUCAUGAUGCUCCUCUACAUUACGUUGACUGUUUGGCUGUGGCACUGUACGUCGCUCGCUCCGCUCAUUCCACUCGAUUGACGCUGACAGUGUGAUCCUUGCUUCACUCCGCUGCAGUGCUUUACUUCUGGAUCUCCAUUUUAGCCCUUUGCAUUGCCCCCUUCCUCUUCAACCCUCAUCAAUUCUCCUUUGGCGACUUCAUCAUCGAUUACCGCGAAUACCUGCGCUGGAUGUCGCGAGGCAAUUCGCGAGCCCACGCCAACUCGUGGAUCGGGUACUGCCGUUUGUCUCGCACCAAGAUCACCGGUUUCAAGAAGAAGCGCUUGGGUCACCCCUCCGAGAAGCUCACGGCCGAUGUCCCCCGCGUCAGCUGGAAGGUCAUCAUCGUCAACGAAGUGUUCGCACCCUUGGCCUUGGCCGUCAUCUUGACCAUCGCUUACCUCUUCGUAAAGGUGAGUAGAGCUGGCCUAGUCGGCGACAGAGUUUCGUAAAUAUUGUGACUUUUCCUGACGCGACCUUGUUUCUUCUUCUCCAGUCGUUCUCUGACCCACCCAUCAAUGCGUUGCUGCGAGUCGCCGUCAUCGCCAUUGGUCCCGUCGCAUUCAAUGCCGUCCUGCUUCUCGUCCUGUUUUUAUCGGCGCUGCUAGCUGGUCCUGUUCUCGGCAGCUGCUGCGGCAACUUUGGAUCCGUUAUGGCCGGCAUCGCCCACAUCGGCAGUGUCGUCGGCUACGUGGCCUUCUUCGAGUUCCUGUGGUUGCUCGAGCGAUGGGAUGUGUCCCACGCCGUCUUGGGCAUCAUCGCGACCGUUGCUAUCCAGAGGUGCCUGUUCAAGAUCCUCAUCUCGGUCUGCAUUUCCCGCGAGUUCAAGCACGACGAGACGAACCGCGCGUUCUGGACCGGGCGAUGGUUCGGCCGCGGUCUCGGGUCCUCGGCUUGGUCGCAACCGUUCCGAGAAUACAUGGUCAAGAUCAUCGAGCUGUCGCUCUUUGCUGCCGACUUCUUGUCCGGAGUAAGUAACGGUCAGGCCGCGGCAGUAUGACUGCCUGCAAUGGGCUGACGUGUGACUCGCCCUUCCCUUGCCCUGCAGCACUUGCUCUUGUUCUUGCUCGUCCUUCCGUGCUUGAUCCCGGGCGUGGACACGCUUCAUUCAACUGCACUCUGUAAGCCCUGAGUAGACGAGUGAGACUUGCUUGGACCAUUGACUGAUCCGGCCACAUCCUUUCAUUUAAUACAGUCUGGCUGCGACCGUCGAAGCAGAUCCGCAGUCCCAUCUUCAGUUUCAAGCAACGCGCACUACGCAAGACCAUCGUCGCCAAGUACAGCGUCUUGUUCGGUCUCGUCUUUGCGUUCUUCACUUGCCUGAUCGUCUUGCCUGUGAGUCUUGCUUGGCGGUCCAUUGUCAUGGCGUUGAACAUGCUGGCUGACAUGGGCCUUCGCGCAAUCUCGCAGAUUAUCUUCAAGAACAAGAUCAAUUUGAAGAACUGCGCCGUCUGUGAUGAUCGUAAGUCCCGUGUUUCUAAUUUUGUUCCUCACCGAAGAAUGAGUGCUGAUCAAUGCCUAUUCCUAUUUUGCAGUGUGA